AUUAAGGAUCAACUGGUGACAGUGAUCUCUACCUGCAGGUGCGACAAUAAAGUAGUAGGUAUUUGAAGCCAUGACGCUAAACGAGAGUGACGCUACGCGAUUGGAACUGACGCGGAACUUUUUGGAGCUUUCCCGAAAUGUGGAGACCUGCACCGAUCUGCGCAGCUCCGAUUGCAUUCAAAUACUGGUGCAGAUCUUGCACGCCAAUGACGAGGGCCUGGCCACAGCCCGAAAAUAUGCCAGUCAAGCGCUGCACAACAUCGUCCACAGCAAUCCUGAGGAAAAGGAGCGCCAGCGGGAGGUUAAGAUGCUGCGGCUGCUCGACCAGAUCCUGGACUAUUGCAACUUUCUGCGCACUCAACUGCAGAGCGGUGGCGAGGCCAUAGCCGAUGACGAGGAUCGCCAUCCCCUGGCUGCCAUGAAACUGCUGAUGAAGGCCAGCUUCGAUGAGGAGCAUCGCCAGACCAUGUGCGAGCUUGGCGCCCUAAAGGCGAUUCCGAAUCUGGUGCAUCUCGAUCAUGCAGUCCACGGGCCGGCAGCGGGACGCGAGCAGUGUAAUGCGUUGAGGAGCUAUGGACUCAUGGCUCUGACAAAUCUCACAUUUGGAGAUGAAAACGUCCACAACAAGUCCUACCUAUGCGGCCAGCGUCAAUUUAUGGAGGUAGUAAUUGCCCAGCUAAACACGGCUCCCGAUGAUCUGCUUCAGGUCCUGGCUGGCGUUUUGCGCAAUCUGUCGUGGCGCGCCGACAAGCAUAUGAAGACCAUCUUCAAUGAGCUGGGCACGGUGACGGCCCUGGCCCGGGCAGCCAUGCAGAACAAGAGCGAAAACACACUGAAGGCGGUGCUGUCGGCUCUGUGGAAUCUCUCGGCUCACUGCAGCACCAACAAGGCGGAGUUCUGUGCUGUUGACGGAGCACUAGCCUUUCUAGUGAGCAUGCUCAGCUACGAGGGGCCCAGCAAGACACUCAAGAUCAUCGAGAAUGCUGGCGGUAUCUUGCGCAACGUCUCGAGUCACAUCGCCGUAUGUGAAUCGUAUCGUGAGAUUCUACGAAGGCACAACGGCCUGUCCAUCCUACUGCAGCAGCUAAAGUCAGAGAGUCUGACCGUGGUAAGCAACUCUUGUGGCACACUGUGGAACCUGUCGGCCCGCUGUCCCGAGGACCAACAGUUUCUAAUCGAUCACAAUGCCAUUCCGCUGCUACGUGCCCUGAUCGCCUCCAAGAAUUCCAUGAUUGCCGAGGGCAGUGCCUCGGCUCUGAAGAAUCUGGUCAACUUUAGGGCCGCUCUAGAACUGAUACCCAACGGUGAUUCCCUUUCCCUGGACAACGAUCCAGGACAUGCGGGAACCCUGCCCCGACGGUAUAGCUCACUGCGUCUUAGUUCCAAUCCCACGGGAUCGCUGAAGAAAGUUCGACCUUCCACAGUCGGUGUCGGCGUUGGCAAGGGUGAAUUUUUGACCAGAAAAUGCGGCGGCAGUCGGGAAUCCAUUUAUUCGGGAAAAUCCGAUUCCACAAAAUACUCAAGCAAGUCCGAGGGCGGGGCGAAGAACCCCUUUGAGAUUGUAACGCCCACGGAGGAGCAACCCAUUGACUACUCCAUGAAGUACAUGGAGCAUAAGCCGGACACCAAGACUUUCGAGAUCGACUUGGAUCAGCCCACGGACUUUAGUGCACGCUACAAAGAGCGACGAUCCAUACCAUUAGGCACCACCGCACAGCCACAGCUGAAAACAGAGACAAAUGAGAUUAUUAGCGAUGCGUUGCCGCUGUCCAAAUCAGACUCCACAUCGGAGGGGGUUCCACUUUCCGCAACGAAGCAGAAAAUUGGAACAGAGACACAGGGAGAGCAUCCGAUCAACUAUUGCGAGGAGGGAACACCGGGCACUUUCAGUCGCUUUGAUUCCCUCAACAGUCUGACAGAGAAGACUGAUAAAUCUCACCCAAUGGCACCCAAAACGCCCACAAAGCCACAACAGCCGCCUGGAGCUCUGGCGCUGCACAGCAAUACGCCGCAAAACAUCGACUCGGCGCUGGAGACACCCUUGAUGUUCUCGCGACGCAGUUCGAUGGACUCGCUGGUGGGCGGUGAUGAGACGAUUGCUUGCGACGAUAAUGGAUCCGUCAUCAGCGAAUACAGCCGAAUGCAGAGCGGUGUUAUAUCGCCUUCAGAGUUGCCCGAUUCCCCCACCCAGAGUAUGCCACAGUCGCCGCGACGCGACCGUAAGAUGCCCAAUCUCCCGAACGGACAGAAUCAGAUUGAGACGACGACGACGACCCCAAGGAAAGCUGGCAAUGUGUUCGAGGACAAACUGAACAGAUUCCACAUAGAACACACGCCCGCCGUCUUCUCCUGUGCCACCAGCCUCAGCAACCUGAGCAUUCUGGAUGAUUCAAAUGCCAACGGCAAUCGUGAAAGGCGUGGAAACGACAUCAAUGGAAAUGGAGACGCCCCACGCAGCUACUGCACGGAGGACACACCUGCCCUGCUCUCCAAGGCGCCCAGCAACAGUGAUCUGUCGAUUCUGUCCAUACCCAACGAUUUGAAUGCCAACGAGGAGCGAGUACCGCCUCCACGCGUGCCAGUUUUGGGCACAGAGCACACAACCACAGAGGAUGCCAUCUCCAAGAUGCGUUGCGGCGGCAGCUCGCUGCCAAGCUAUUUGCCAGUUACCGACGAGAUGAGCAAAUACUACGUGGAGGACAGCCCAUGCACCUUCUCGGUAAUUUCUGGACUAUCCCAUCUGACUGUAGGCUCCACUCGAGCAGGUCCAGUCUCUCAACUUCCCAUGCUCCUCUCCGAAGAGGCACCCAAGCUGCCGCCCAGACGCAAUGCCUCGCAAGCAGAAGUGGAGCCGCGUCUGCCGCCGAAGAGAAACGACUCGCUGUCCUCUCUCUCCAUGGACUCGGAUGACGACUGCAAUCUGUUGAGUCAGGCAAUAGCGGCAGGUAGCUGCCGACCACAACCAAGCGGGGCCAGUGCCAGCACCAGUUCCAGUCAUGCCAACACCAGUACCAGCACUCUGUCCAAGACAAAUGGCCAGCGGAGACAGACCGUGGAUGAUGGCAGCAAGCUGAACUAUAGCUCGGAUGAUUCCUUGGACGACGAUGAUGGUCAGUCCAAGUCGCUGUUCGAGCAAUGCAUCCUCAGUGGCAUGCACAAAUCCAGCGAUGCCCUUGAGUCCGAGAGUGAACCCUCAUCUGCGCAGGGACAGGGACUGGGACAGGAGGGAAGCGCCCGCGAUCGAUUUGUCAGCAAUCAGGUGAGGCAGAUCGAGUCCAUGUUGGCCGGAGGACGACCACAUCCCACUGCCAGUAGUCGCCAGCAGGAGCAUCGAGUGUAGGAAUCGAGAGAUUGAUUGAGAAGCAACACGCACACACACAUUUUUCUGGUGGCUUUUUAUCUUUUGUCUAUGCUGUAACACGGUCUCAAUUUUCCUAUAGUUCAGAUUAAAAAUUUGCACUUAAAUUUAA